CGCAGUGCCUAAAAGCCCGCCGGAAAGCGAUUCCUCGUUGGUUCAAGAUGAGGUUCUCUCGCCUUGCUGUGGGGUUUGGUCUCUUUUCGCUCACCCUCUGGCUGCAAGGUUGUGGUGGCGGCGGAGACGAUGGCGAUGGCGAUGGAAACGCGAAGGUCACCACCACGGAGCACGACCACGACCACGACGGUGACGACGAGACGACCAUGGCCCCCACGACCAUGGCCCCGACCACCACUACGACUACGACGACGCACGAGCACAUGUGCGCUCCACCGCUUAUGGAACCACCCAUUCCUGGAGUCAUGCCGGGCCUGGAGAAACCGAAGAUUAUUCUCGGACAGGAUGUGGAUUGGCCCGGCUAUGCUUUCAUGGGAUCGCCCCCCGAGUCGGACUUUGAAACGGAGGGCAUUGGAAAGGACAUCGCCAAGGGCUUGGAAAGUGUCUGUGACAUCGAGGUGCACGUUACGGAAGUUCGAUGGUCGGACUGCUGGGGCAAUGCCGUGAUCGGUGACGGCCUAGCGGCUGGAGAGCUACAUGGUUGCAUGACCUACACGCAUACCUACGGUGCUCGCAAUCGUUUCUGCGAGUUCAGUAAGCCCAUCUUGAAGGACAACAAGCCGGGAGGCAUUCUGGUGAAAUUGGACGAAUUUGGCGACCCAGUUGUCACUGGCGAUUCGGAUCUCAGCGGUAAGAAGGUGGUUGACGUGGUGGGCUGGGCCCCCACCGCGGAUACCUUGGCUCUGGCGGAGAACAAGUGCACGAAGCAACGCUUCCAGGGAUACACCAUAGUUCAGCCAACGGUCAACACAGGCAACGCCAACAACGAUGCGCUCAAGACUUUGCUGGACGGUGACGCUGAUGCCAUGUGGGUCUACGCAGACCAGGUUAAGCAAUAUCAGUGUGGUCCAGGAGUGACUGCCAACUGGGACUGUGACAUGUGGGCGGGUUUCGGCACCAAUUUCUCCUACAUCCAAACAGGCCUCUUUGGCCACGCGCAAGCGGGGACCACCUUGGCCUUGUCCAAGAAAGGAUCCGGGUUGAAGGAGAUUCUGGACCCCUGCAUCGAGAGGUUCCUUGAGACCAAGGAUUACUAUGACAUUUGCGUGAAGCAUGGUUUUGUCAAUUCCUGUUUCCCGAACGAGUUCUUCCCAAGCAGUGGUUCCUCCGAGACCUUGACGUGGGAGUUGCCCACUGAUGAGCUGAGCACCAAAUGUGAAGAUGGCUAUUGCCCCUGCCCGGCGGAGACUUCGGACUGAGAUCAUGGAUCCAUCGGCUUCCCAUCGGAUUCGCUAUGGGAUGCCGGUCACACUAAAUCCCAUGGGAAUUUUCAAUGUAUUGGUUGAG